CGACAGAAAAUGCAAAACAAAACAAGUCAUCAAGAAACAGACAGGAUGGGAUGGGAUGUUGUAAUGCCUACUCUCCACGAACUAGAGCAAGGUAUAACAACGCAUUAGCAUGGGCCUCUCUUUUAUCCGGAAUGGAUGGAACAGCGGUGUACAGAUACAUUAUAAUAUUUAAUAACGAUUUAAAAUUAAUAUUAUUAUAAUAAUAAUAUGUGGAUAACCGUUAACUGUCUACCUGCACACCGGGUCCGAUUAAAUCAAAUUAAAACAUUCCAGAAGGUCGACGGGGGCUGCAUUAUUGCCCGAUUGUACGACUGGCGAAGAAAGAGAAAGAGUGCAUUGGGCAUGAAAUAUUCGCAGCUGAAACAGAAACUAAUGAAUAGUCGAUUCUUUGCUGCGCUUGUGUCGCUUUCUCGAAUAUUCGGACAAGUGCCGACUAUCAUCCUUCAGACCCUGGUGUAUGAUUGUAUCUUAUGUAGAGUAUCAGACUAUCAGUAUUAUCGGAGGAGAUACUGGAUUGGUAUCCAUGGAUAUAACAUGGAGUAUUUAUUUUCUAAUAUUUUACCGACCGUGGAACGUGAUGAAGCCACCCAGGGUCUUGGUGGAGAGGAACUGGUAGCCGACUGCAGAUCGGCACUUGCUGGGCUACAGAUUACUGUACUACUAUGUACUGUACAUCUCUCCAGUCCGACUCUCUGCUUUGGGGUGAUUUGAGGCUAUUGAGCCGGUUUUAUUCGCUGCGGAUGCUCUUCCUUUUGCCGUUCCGUCUGUGGAGCUACAGUCACGCGCCAGUUCAUCUUCUGUUUUGUCCAUCCAGUUCAUCAUCUAUUUUUAUUUGAAUAUGAAGAUGAAUACAAUGAUGAGAUGAUGAAGAUGAUGAGAAAGUGAACAGUACAGAGUACAGACGUGGAGUGACUGGAGUCAUGAAUGCACGCGA